AUGUCUACAUGGUGGUGUGUGGCAGAGGAGGCGGCCUUUAAGGCUGUAAAAAGCCACAUGGCUAAUUCAAAUGGUCUUCAAACUCUUAUUGUGUUUGAGUCUCGCCAGUAUUUAAGCGAUAGGGAAGAACCAAAGAGUCAAUUUCAAAGAGAGAAUAUGAUCUGGUCGUAUUUAGGGUACACCAUUUGGGGGUGA